AUAUGCGCAGCACCGGGAGUGGGACAUGUACACUGAUCAUCAGGGCACUGAUGAUCAGUGUGCCCUGAUGAUCAGUGUAGCCCCAGCAGUGCCACCUGUCAGUGUCCAUCAAUGCUAGCUGUCAGUGCUCAUCAAUGCUACCUGCCAGUGCCCAUCAGUGCCACAUCAAUGCCACAUAUCAGUGCUUACCAGUGCACAUCAAUGCCACAUAUCAGUGCUCAUCUGAGCUGCCUUUCAGUGUCACCUAUCAGUGCCAGUCAGUGCCACCUAUCAGUGCUGCCAAUCAGUGCCACCUAUCAGUGCCAGUCAGUGCCACCUAUCAGUGCCAGUCAGUGCGGACUAUCAAUGCGCAUCAGUGCCACCUAUCAGUGCCCGUCAGUGCUGCCUAUCAGUGCCACCUAACAGUGCCAGUCAGUGCCACCUAACAGUGCC